AUGACAAAGGGUUUCAUAAUUAAGUUGUUCAUGGUUUUCAACUUGACAGGCGCAGUCAUGUACUUGUUUCGUGGUGAGUUUGGGUGCAUGCUUUAUACAGGGGAUUUUCGCUGGGAAACAACUAGUAAGAGGGCAGAGAUUGGAAGGAGCAUGCUUCUUAGUGCUCUUGGGAAUGAUAAAGUUGACAUUCUUUACUUGGACAAUACUUACUGUAAUCCAUCAUAUUCUUUUCCUUCUCGAGAAGUUGCUGCUCAACAGGUUGUUGAUGUGAUUGCCUCUCAUCCUGAACAUGACAUCAUUAUCGGUAUAGACUCUUUGGGAAAAGAAGAUCUUUUACUUCACAUUGCACAAGCGCUGAAAAUAAAGAUUUGGGUCUGGCCAAAAUGCCUGCAAAUUAUGCAUCUUCUUGGGUUCCACGACAUCUUCACAACUAAAGUAUCUCUAACAAGAGUGCGAGCUGUCCCUCGCUACAGUUUUAGUAUCGACACACUGGAGGGGUUAAAUAUGAUAUGUCCAACUAUAGGGAUUAUGCCAUCUGGCCUUCCAUGGAAACCCCUUGAAGGGAACACCAAUGUUUUUGGUUCGUCUUCUCGCCAUAGCAGCAGCAAAUUGAGUACGAAAGUUGGGAGCCACACAGAUAUGCAUAAACCUAAUGAUAAUUCAAGAACUGUGGAAAGUUAUCAUGAAUACAUAUAUAAAGUUCCAUGUUCUGAUCAUUCAUGCUUUGCUGAGAUAAAGGAGUUUGUUAAGCUUGUCCAGCCAACCAACUUGAAAGGUAUUGUGUCUUCCUCAAGUUCUUAUGUUGAUCCUCUUUACUAUUUUGGCCGCCUUCCGGGAGCAAAUCUACAGUCACAAGGUUUACGUCAGAAUUUUAUGAGAAAAGGCCAUGAAAGAGUUAAAGAUGUCCUUAACAAAUCUACUAUUCGAAGUGAUAAUUCUACUGAAGCUGGAAUGAAAAGAAGCAAGAAAUAUGAUUUUUUAGGUGUUCAUGUGAGUAGAGUUAGUAUAUUGAGACGACUAAGGCGUGGUGCAAAAAUAUUGGAACUUGACUGACUUGAAUAGUUAAGAGUUGAAUUUUGGCAUUAUGUUACACUGAAACUAAAUGGCUAAUGUUGAGUAUGCUACUUCAUCUGAGAAUACCUGUAUAAAGUUCUGAAAUUCAGUGAAAUUACAGGAAGAGUUAUGAACUGUGCACAGAUUGAUACUACGGACUAUCAGAAUGGAUAUGAAUCUUAAGGUUUAUAAUUGGGCCUUA